UUGAGCGCACUGGUAGUGACGGAGCACACUGUGGACAAUAAUGUGUAAACAUUGUGUUAACUGACAUCAUGUAGUGCUGAUCAAUACCAACAUUUUCCGAAAAAUACACGCCUAGACGUUUGUGCCGAGAAGAAUGAUACGCACAUCUCAAAAUUACCGUUAUAUUAGAAAAAAGUCUAUUGACUAGUACCACGGAAGAACACCAAAAUGCGCAGGAAAGUUACUAAUUUUGUUCUAGAAAUUGAAGUGCACGCUAAGUGUUCCACUGAGGAAGACUGCACUGUAGUUCCUCCUUUAAACCACUGCACAAAACCUCAAAAUGAAAGAUAAUGGCCGGCUGAUGUGGCGAGCGGUUCUAGGCACUUCAGUCUGGAACCGCACUGCUGCUACGGUCGCAGGCUACUUGCCCAGGUGUGUGGCUGUGCCCCGAUGGAGAGGUUACUGUUAAAUUGAAGUUAUUUGGUGAUUUUGCUGAAACAAUGCAUGUUGAACCUGUUUUUCCCAUGCUGUUUCAUGAAAAAUUUACAUUUCAAAAGAUAUUUCCAGAUAUUUCUUUCUUAACUGAUUUGCAAGAAGCUUUGGAAAAAGAAAAAUUGUAUGUGGAUUUGAUUCAGUGGUCAAUAACGGGAUCAGAAUCUGUGUUGGCUACAUUUGAGACAACACUGAUGGAUCUGUUGUAUCCUAGCUCAUGCAGGAGGAAAACUACUGAAGCUGACUUACUAAUGGAUCCAACUGAUGCCUUUCCUGGAAUCUUGUCACCAAAACUUGAAACUUCUACCAAAACCACAAUAGAGGAAAUCAUAUUGACAGAGAGUGAAUUACUUGAUGUCUCUACAGCAUCAGCUGUGAAUGCCUCGAAAUAUGAACUAGAAAGGUAUGUUGUGCCCAGUAUCCGAGAUGCAAUAAAGAGACAACGGAAGGUAUGCCAUACCAGACUUAUUCAUGAGAAAAAAGGAGCAAACUGCAGUUACACACUAUCACAAUCUCUGCAUGAGAAAAGUAGAAGACAUAGCCCUUUUUCAGUCAGAAAGCUUGACACCACUGUAAAUACAUAUGAAAGCUUUUUGAACACCCCUUCGAAACGUGGGAGGAAAAAAGACUUUUUGAAUGAAACACCAUUAGGGCAGUGGACUUCUGUCUCAUCCUGGUCUGAUGAAUCACCAAUAAGACACAGCAGUGCAAUUAACAAGAGCAGAAAGAAUAGAAAAACUGGAACAGGUUCAUCAUCCAGUGGUGGUAAAUCCCCAUUGCGGAGGGAUAUUACAUUCACAAAUCAGAAGAGUGCAAGAAUUGAAAUAGAUCCUGAAAGGUCAGUUAAUGUUCCUGAACCACAUGACACUAGUUCCUGCUUGAUGUGCAGCCAGUACAAUUCAGUUUUUGAAGAUGAUAAUGGUAACGACCACCUGUAUGCCUUCAUGCCUGAUGUCUUUUCCGACAGUGAUGGCAUCUUCCAGCAGGGUAACUGUCCAUUCAUAAGACCAGAAUCAUGCAACAGUGGUUCAUUUGAGAGAAGAAAGACAUCUAACAAAGAAAUAUGUGCUGUAAGACAAAGAAUCAACAGAGUUUCUUUCAGUUCCAACUGAUUGAUAACAUCAGCGACUACUGAGCUAUGGGCAGCUGUCAGUCAUAAGAUACACGGUUUUCCUUGUACAUUAUCCUUUUGGAACUGUAUUCAUUAAAAGCUCUCUCAAGUAACUACUCUUUUAUGUCAGUUAACAGCUUUAAAAAAUGAAUAUAACCACUUUUUGCAUUUUA